AUGGCUCAUUGGAAGACCUGCCGCCCACGACACGUCGUGUUACUAUGGCUCGUCGCAACUUUCCUCCUGUUGUUACUCCUGGACAAAUCGGGCGUCUUCGAACGCCUGCGGGAGACGCCCUACAGGUACUACUCGUACCCUCCAGAAAUCGAUGUCAAACACCUCCUGAGGUCACUAAAAACGGGCAGUAAACCGGCUUAUAGGGUUCAGAAUUACUACGAGCGGUAUGUUUUCAAGAUCCACAACGAACUCAAGUGUCGCGUUCCAAGGAACCGACUGUUCAUACUGAUCGUCGUCAAGUCUGCCAUAGCCCACCAGUCAAGUCGAGACACGAUCCGCCAGACCUGGGGACAAGAGGACCGCUUCGAGGACGUAAGCCUUCGACGCGUGUUUAUAGUUGGCGUGAAAGCCAACGAUGAAACCACACAGAGAGCCUUAGAAGACGAGCAUGCCCUUCACGGCGACCUGGUACAGGCAGACUUUAUCGAUAGCUACUACAACAACACCUUCAAGACGAUGCUGGCCUUUCGUUGGGUCCUAGAACACUGUUUCAACGUUCAGUGGGUAUUUUUCGUGGACGACGACUCCUACGUAUCUGCGAAGAACCUCGUCCAGUUCCUGCGAAGUUCAAUGAACUGGACAGAUCGGCACUUGGUGGGCUAUAUCCACGACGACGCGCCGCCGUACAGGGCCCACUGGAGCAAGUGGUACGUGUCCUUGUCCGAAUACCCCUUCAGCCGGUACCCUCCGUUCGCGGUCGGUUGCUUGUACGUGGUUUCGAUGCCUGCGCUCAUGGAACUCUACCAGGUUGCCCGGUACACGCGGCAGUAUCGUUUCGACGACGUAUUUCUGGGAAUCGUGGCAAGAAAGAGUGGACUACGGCCGCGGCACAGUGACAAGUUUCGUGACAAAAACCCAGCCAAAAGGCCGGAAGAUUUUGUCGGGCUCGUUGCCUCUCAUGGAUUCCGAGACAGUGAUCACCUGACUCGAGUCUGGGAGCAUCAGAAACGCUUGGGACAUGCGUGA